GCUGCUGAGGAAUGUCAUGUGUCAACGAAGUCAAAAUUGACAAAGGCUAUUUAUUUUGAAAAAUAUUUGUGUUGUUUUUUUAGGGGUUGUUAAUUAUGUGUAUUGUUUUCAUUUAUAAUGGAGUAAACGAAACUGAAAGUGACUAUAGCCUUAUUCUAAUUUCAAAUAGAGAUGAACACUUUGAGCGACCCGCGCAGUGUAUGGCGCCCUGGAACGAGGAUUCUAAUGUAUACGGAGGUAAAGAUUUGGAACCAGGUUGUGAAGGAGGAACAUGGAUGGCUGUCUCUCCAACUCGUGGAAAGCUAGGAUUGUUAUUAAACUUACCGGGAGUAAAGAAGGAAAGUGCUAAAAGCAGGGGUAGAAUCGUUUCAGACUAUAUGAAAAGUACAAUGCCUUUGUCAGAGUAUGUUGAAUUUAUUCACAAUUAUUCCAUGCAAUGUAAUGUAUUUUUAUUUUUGUCAGUGGAUUUUGGUGCAGGUCAGUUCCUGUACUCAAAAUCUUUUACACCCAGCACUCCAACACCCAAAAUAAAGACUUAUAGCAAUGCAACUGACAAUAUUUAUCAAUGGCCGGAUACAUACUUAGGAUUUAGUAAUUCCCUUCCAGACAAGCCAUUAAAGAAAGUUGAAGCUGGCAAGAAUUAUCUUACAGAUAUAUGUGGCAGGUUAAACAAAAUAAUGGAUAAAUCACAACUAAUUGAUGAACUGACAUGCCUAUUAAAAAAUAAAGAAAGCCAUUUACCAGAUGACCAGUUAGAGAGCAGACAACCAAAGCUUUAUAAAGAAUUAAGUUCAAUUUUUGUUGACAUCCCACAGGGGAAAUAUGGUACAAGAGCACACACCAUUAUGCUGCUAAGUAAGUCAGGACAUAUGGAUUUAAUUGAAAUAAGUAUGCAAUCACCUAUUGAUCCAGAAAAGCCUCAUUGGGAAAAGAGUGCAUUUCAAUUUGACCUCAUAAAAUAAUUCUUGAAAAAUUGAUAAUUUAUAUUAAAAUUGAUAAAUAAACUUUAUAUGCAAUGAACAUCUUUAAUGAUGAAUUUGCAUUAAUAGCUACUAUGUAUAAAUUUAGUCAACAUUUCAAAUUGUAUUGAAGUUAUUAGUAUUAUUGCAAUUUAAAUGAAGUAUUUUCAUACUUCUGGUCACAAAUUUUGUGUUUAGUUUUCUGUUGUUGCAAAUAAAACAUUUAUGAAUGGUUA